ACUCAAACUCCCACUCCCUGUCUGGACCUCAGCUCAGGAUGUGACUUUAUGACUUUAUGUGACUCUUAUAUGCCUCUUGUAUAACAGGAUGUUGGCUGACUCCUGCUCCCAGCCCUCGAAUGGACGAGCUGCUUUUCUUGGAAAUGGCAGAGUUAUGGCAGGUCAGUUGGCUUAUCUGAACGGUCAUCAGGAGGAACAAUGCCACAAAUUUUGUGAGCUAACAAAAAAAACAAAACAUGCUAAAUCACAUGAUUAAGGUCAUGCACCACACUGUGCUGUGAUUUGUUAUAGUCUUUCAUAUUUAGUUUUUAUUGGGUCUCAUUUCUCAAAUUGCAAAUUCUCCAUUCCUCUCCAUGCAUCUUAGUCCCUGAAACUAGGUAUGUGGCAACGGAUUGGAGCAGGGGAAGCAGGUUUCCUGGUCGUCCUAAAGUCCACAAUCAAAAUGGUUGUGCUCGCACCACAUUGACAAAUGAGUCAACCACAGCCCAGUACACUCUCUCUCAACACCCACACUGAUCCAUCCUACCACUGCAGAGUCAUCAGAAAACUUCCAAAGAUGACAGGUCUCUGUGCAGUGGCUGAAGUCAACAAUCCAGGACACAAGAGAGGCAUCCAGCUGCAUCGCUGUCAGCUUAUCACCCAGGACGGUCAGCCUGAAUGCACUGGAAGAUCAAAAAACAUGACUCUCACAGUGCUCGCCGGCUGGUCCAGAUGGGUGUAGACAUGAUUGAGCAGGUAGAUUAUGCUGUCCUCAGCUCUGUGGCGGGGCUGGCAGGCGAACUGAAGGGGAUCCUGAUGGGGCUUGACAACAGGUCUGAGGUGGUCAAGGAUGAGUUUUUCCAGGGUCUUGAUGACAUGGAAAGUCAGUGCCACAGGCCUGUAAUCCUGGAGGCCACUGGGAAGUGGUGUCUUUGGUACAGCACUGGGAGCUUCUGCAGACUCAGACUCAUCAGGGUGAGCAAUCUGUUGAAAAACACAUUCAACCCAUUGUGCUCACCCCAGCUCCCCUGCGGUGGAUGGCCUGAAUCCAGUGAUUGUCUUCAUGCCACUUCAAACCUCUCUCAUGCUGUUCUGCUAGAGUUUCCACCCCAGCUUUCUGAAGGCACUCGGAUUGUGAGUCUGUAACUGGGCUAUGGCAGAGUGGAUAAUGUCACAUGUGGGGUUAGCAGAGGGAGGCACAUAAACAGCCACCAAGAUUACAUGGGUAAAAAAAUCUGACUUCAGAGUUGAACUGUGAUAGAUUUGCUAUAAUGGACAUUGAUAAUUAACAGUACUGGUUGUUUGAUGAAAUUGUCUGAGAAGAUGUCAUUUAUUGCAUAGGCUGAUAUGUAUCUGAAUGUGAAUCGAAUCUUUAUUUAAAACAUAUAAAUAACAAAUGUUAAUAAACACUAAAAAACUUUAUAUGAAAUCAGAGAUACAAUUAUAAAAUAUUCAAAUAUGCUAUAAAUAAAUAUGCUAUUUAAUACACAGUUUGUUAUAUGAAUAUAGAUGUGUUUAUACAUUGAGUUACAGUUAUUAAACUACACCUAUGCAAAAAUAAUACUUUUUAUGCCAUUAUAAUUAAUUAUCCGUGCACAUACUGCACAUACAGGUCUUCAUUUAAUAUUCACACCAAACCUGACAAUCACAAACAAUCAUUUGUUACAGGAGAGAUGAAAAGAAACAUAAUUAGACAGAUAGCUAAAUUCACUUCUUUAAUUUUCUUUUGGUAUUUCUGAUAUCUUUUUGUGAUAUGUUGAUUAAGGCAAAUAAAAGAAAAAGUGGUAUUUUUUGUGUGCACACUAAAUAUUAAAUAUACUAAGCGUAUAUAUAUAUAUACACACAGCAAUACACUGAAAAAAGUGAUAUUGGCUCCUUUUAGAUACAGCAUAUUUUAUUUUGGUAUAUCUUUUUAAUUCAAAUGAGUAAUUCCUCUCUACAUAUAUAAUUCGAGUAACUCCAGAAUACAUUCCCUGCGUUUUAAUCCAAUUAAUUUUAGUUAAUUAAAUGUAGCUCAAAAUGCUUAAGUAUGUUUUUCAUAGCAUCCUGCUGGGCCAUUUUGCGCAUGCGUUAGGACAGGCCACCAUUUUGCGCGUGGACUGAAAAAGCGGACGUUUUGUGUGCUGCAAGCGGGCUCAAGUUAAUCACACAACUUCGUGUAAAGGUGGUCUAGCUUCGAUUUUCUUCCCCUUAUGUGUUAUUGUUUAUUCAAGGAAACGGCGUUAUUUUGGUAAGUACAUGCAAAUCCCUUACAUAUUUAUCACAACAGUAUUGCAGUGACAAGUUUAUCUAUCUCAUCUUAAGGGUUCUUGUGAUUAUUAAUAUUGAUAUUAAUUAAUAUCAAUUAAUACAUAUGAUUAAUAUAGUUUAAGAAAAGGUGCCUCUAUAUUUUGUACAUUUUUUUUUUGGUUUUUUUUUGUUUGUUUGAUUAAAGAUUAGGGUGUAGAACACUGAUUCCAUGUGUUGCCAGCAGUUCCCAUCCUUUAGAGCAAAUUAUUUAAAGUUGAACAUGAAAGUUGCUGGCUGUAACAUAGUUUGUUUUUUUCUUUUAUUUGAUUGUUCAAUUGGCACUGUUAUGGUAUUGCUUUCUAACCUGAUCAGAUUUUAGGUGCACUCUAGAUCAGUGUUUCCUAACCCUGUUCCUCAAAGACCUCUGUCCUGCAUUUUUUAGAUGUCUCCUUGCAUCGCCACACUGAUUUGAAUUAAUGUUUAGCCUAAUUUCUUCAUUAAGUUGUGCACAAGUCUGUCACUGACACAGUUGAUAUGUCAGGGUGCACUGAAGCAGAGAAACAUCAAAAAUAUGCAGGAUGGGCAUCCUCAAGGAACAGAGUUGGGAAAAGAAUGCUCUAGAUAAUACAGCCUACAAGCAUACUUCUAAGAUGCAUCCAUUCUUGUAGGUUAACCACGGCUAAAGCUUUCUUUGUGUAAAGUACUAAGUGUGUUUUUUGUUUUUGUUUCAAAUUUUCUCUCUUUGUUGUAUGUCCAGUUUAUGUGGAAGUGUAAAGACUGCAGUGCAGAAGUUUCUAGACGAUCAGAACUUCUUAAGCACUAUAGACUGAAACAUAGUCAUUUUGGGCGUGGCCAUCACAUUAAGUGCCUAUAUCCUGAGUGUCCAUGUCUUUUAAAGACUUGGAAUUCACUUCUGACACAUUUGUCAAGGAAUCAUAGCAAUACCCCAGAGCACUCUGACAAAUUUGCAACUUUUUCCUGUCAGUUAUGUGGUUGUAGUGAAUUAGGAACAGAGCGUGAAUAUUUUGUGCACAUUAGCCGUCAUUUAAAAAACAAUGAGACAGUAACAUGUAUGUUUAAAGGUUGUGACUACAAAUCAAAUAUUUACAGUACCUUUAAGUCACACAAAAGUCGCAAGCACAGUUUACACUCGCUGGUAGACUUCAAAGAGGAUAUUGUCAGAGGAUCUUUUGCAACUGAAACUGCAGAGCAUGAUGUUUCAAAUGCUGAGGAAUUGUGGGGUGACGAACAGCCUGUUGAUUUAGAGACAUCAAAUGAUCAUGAAGACGUAGUUCAGCUAAAGCUUGCGGCAGUGUUAUUAAAGCUAGAAAAUAUUUUUCACGUUCCAAGUGCUGCAGUUGAUGAACUUUUGGAGGAAUUUCAGUAUUUGUUGGGCACAGCAUCUUUGUGUAGUGCAGCAAAAGUUAUCCAAGACACAUUGAACAGUCACAGCUUGCAAAUAGACCAGUCAGUCAUUGAAGAACUUGCAUCUGCACUGUGUACAUCUAAUCCUGUGUAUAAAUCGGUAGGUAAAGGCUGUCCCCUAGCAACAUCCUUUAAGCGCAAAAAUUUCUACAAGGAAAAUUUUAAAGUUGUAGAGCCUGUAGAGUAUGUGUUGGAUGAAAAAAAUAAAAGAACAUUUCAGUAUGUUCCAGUUUUAAAGGUUUUACAGCAGCUUUUCAGUGAUUGCCACGUUCUUGCUAAGGUUUUGGAUGGUAGUCGCAUAACAGAACAAAGUGGGGAAGAAGUGAUUUACAGGUCUUUUAGGGAGGGGUUGUUUUUCAAAGAAAACAGUUUUUUAUCAGCAGGUGAAUUGCGAGUUUUACUGAAUUUGUAUAUUGACGAUUUUGAGAUUUGCAAUCCACUUGGCACUUCCCGUAAAAAGCACAAAAUUUGUGCCAUAUAUUGGACUAUUAGCAAUUUACCACCUGCUUGCCAUUCAUCACUGACUUCCAUUUAUCUGGCUUUACUCUGCAAGUCUGAAGAUGUAAAGACAUAUGGAUAUGAAAAGAUUCUAGAGCCGUUGUUGAGUGAUCUUGUUACUUUGGAAAGUCAAGGGAUUUUUAUUGCACAUCUUGGAGAAUUUGUCAGGGGCACAAUACAGUGUGUCAUAGCAGAUAAUUUAGGAGCACACAGUAUUUCUGGAUUUAUUGAGAGUUUUUCAGGUGAAUACUUUUGCAGAUUUUGUGAGGCCAAAAGAUCUGAUAUUCAAGAAACAGAGGUUAGUUCAGGUGUGUUUACUCUGAGAAGCAAAGAGACACAUGAAAUGCAUGUAAGUUCUGCACAGAGUAAUGCAAAACCAUGUCACGGUGUUAAAAGACGGUGUGUUUUCUCUGCACAUCUCUCCCAUUUCAGUGUUUGCAGUGGAUAUCCUCCAGAUAUUGCACAUGACAUUUUUGAGGGCAUAUUACCAGUUGAGUUGGCAUACUGCCUGAAUAUCUUAAUUUUGAAAAAAAUAUUGUACACUUGACAGCCUCAAUGAGUCCAUUCUGACAUUUCCCUACAAAUGGGCAGACAAGAGUAAUCGCCCUCAUGCUAUUCCCAGGACUUUCAUGCAGAACAAAAGCAUUGGAGGAAAUGCUCAUGAAAAUUGGAGUCUCUUACGAUUCCUUCCAUUGUUGGUAGGACACUUGGUACCUCCAGAUGAAACAGCUUGGCAGGUAAUUUUGGACCUAAAGGACAUUGUUGAACUAGUUGUUGCACCAGUACACACAGAACAAUCAAUUGCUUUCCUUGAGUCUAGAGUCUCUGACCACAGAUGUAGGUUGAAAGAGCUGUUUCCAGGACUGAAGCUGUUACCAAAACAUCAUUUUGUGGAGCAUUAUCCACAGAUGAUUAAAUUCUUUGGGCCACUUGUUGGCAUGUGGACCAUGAGGUUCGAGGCAAAGCACAGUUUUUUCAAACGGGUUGUUCGUCACACACGGUGCUUUAAAAAUGUGCUACUGUCACUGGCAGUAAAACAUCAGUUCAUGAUGGCAUACCACUUGGAGUCUGUCACAACUGUAAGGCCAAGCCUAACUGUCUCAGCUGUUUCUACUGUCUCUGUUGACAUUCUGCAUCAUGAUGUACAGCGAGACUUGAAGAUUAAAUUCCCUGAUAUUACCCAUAUUCAGCUCACAAAGAAUGCUUCUGUGAAUGGAACAAACUACAGGCCUGGCAUGAUUGUAGUUUAUGGCUCCUCUGCUGGAUUGCCUGAAUUUGCAGAAGUUGUCCAAAUGGUUGUUGUGGAGGAAAACCUGAGCUUCAUUGUCAAAGAGAUGGGUGCCUGGUAUAGGGAGCAUUUUAGAGGUUUUGAACUUUUUCCCACAUCACACAUCUCCCUCGUUGAUCUUGGUGCCUUGGUAGACCAGUACCCCUUGGCAGAUUACAGGAUUGGAGGCCGGCGAAUGGUCAUACUUAAAAGAUUCAUUCAUAUAGAAGGUAGUAAAUGUUGUCUUCAAUUGCAUGUGUUCAGUUGCAUGUAUUCAGUUGCAGUUAUCUUCAUGGCAACAGGAGGGGUACCACAAAUUUUUAGCUUCUUUUUAAUAAAGAUUGGAUACUUCCCACAAGGGUAAUAUUUUUUUUCCAUUACAUUUGAGUUCUUUUGGCCAAACAUGCCUCAUGUUGUCAUAGGUCUUAAAAAAAACAUCAUUGAUGAUGCUCAAAACAUUUUGAUAAAGGAUGAAUUGCAACACAUACCACUAAAAGCAAAGUGACACUUUUUGAGGAUUCUGGCUGACGUAUGCAAAAAAAACCAGUAUGAAGCUAUAGGAUAAAAUUAAAUAAACUGCUUUUUACCCGUAAAACCUGUGUUGCAGUUCUGCACUCUCGUGCUCCCUAAUAAAAUUAUUCAAUGCAAUAUUUUAACUUUU